AUGGCGGAGGAACGACUCGCUGCGGAAAAAAGCAAUGCCACGCCCAGUCGGCUGGAUCGAUGCAGACUGGAAAACAGCCGUGUGGUGCACCCGCGCCGACCACACAGCGCCAAUCCUGACUUUCCACCUGGAGGACUGUUAGAAAUAGGGGAUGUGAGUCGAGAACCAGCUCUCCUGAAGUAUGGUCCUACAGACAGUACAUCUAUGUACGGUACGCGAUACAACGGUGUUGGCGCCACAGGCUACUUCUACUCGUUUUUGCAUUGCAAUUGGCUUGACCGAGCGUCCCAUCUGGAGAGCAACCGUUUCCGUAAUCGCACCAGGGUUCAGAGUAUUGAUCCGGAUCGAGGAGGGAACGAACGUGCGUGCUAUGUUGAGACAGCAGCAGGGAACGUGAUGUCCUUCACGGAACAUGCAAAACCACCUUGA